GUAUCCUCCGGCCUCGUACCCUCCAGCUUCUUACCCCCCAGCUUCCUACCCACCACCAGAUCACCAAUACCCGUCUGCACCUGGACAGUAUCCGCCUCCGCCGAACAUGGCAGCUAUUCCCCCGCAGUCGCAGGACCCCUACCGCAUGGCACCCCCUCCCGGCUCCUACCGCCCCCCAGACAUGUACAGCGCACCCCCUCCGCCUCAAGUAGUCUAUCAAGCUGCUGCUCCUCGUCAGCGGACUGCCAUCGCGUGUCGCUACUGCCGGAGACGGAAGAUCCGUUGCUCGGGAUUUGAAAGCUCUCAGGAUGGACGCUGCAGCAACUGCAUCCGCUUCAACCAGGAGUGCAUGUUCACGCCAGUCUCAUCCCAGGCGCAAGCCUUUGUCCCUGCCCAUGCCGCCUACCCUCACCUACGGAAUGCCCAGAACCAAGGCCGCGGACCGCCUCCCGGAGGAGUCAUGCUCUAUGGUGCCCAUGGCCAGCCCCUCCCACCACAGCAGCAACCGGAGAGUACACUUCCAUCGGUGUACCCCCCUCAAUACGCAAACGCUCCUCCUCUCCCCAAUGGAGCUCAGGAUCAUAGACCUGUUGGUCGUCGAGGAUCAGGCUCGGGUUUUGAAUACCCUGAUCCCACUAACCUCGCCCCGGUGACACCCGCUACAUCUGCAUCUGGCUAUCAGACGUAUAGUGCGACGAGCCCAUACUAUCCGCCGCCGCCUCAACAUGAGCGACGUACUUCUCCGCAAUCGAAUUAUCCCUAUGAUGGUCGCCAUUCCUCGUCUCCUCACAGCUCCCCGUAUCCUCCUGUGAACCCCAAUCAGACUCCUCCCCCCACUUCCACCCCGGGGGGUUCAACUCGCGGCGGGCUGAAUGUGCGAGACAUGUUGAAUCCUGGAGAAGGUCAGAAUCAGGGCCAAGGCCGCUCUAGCACCGAUAGUGACAUGCUCAAUGCAUUGAACCGUCGGGGCCUAGGCCAAUAGUUCUCUGCGACUAUGCCGACAUGACAUCCAGCCAACGGGUUGGCUAUGAUGGGGAUUAG